AUGCGUCCGUUCGGCCCCGCGAAGAGCACUCAGAAGAAGUUCGACGUCGACCUGUGCCAACGCGCCAAAGGGCUCCCGAUGCGCCCCAUGGGGCACGAGUCGCUUUUGAGCGCGGGCGCGGGGCACUUCGCCGCCGCCGCGCGGGCUUGCAAGGCCAAUUGCAGAACUCCGUUCAAGAACAUUGCCACUGCAUACGGCUUUCUGUACGAGGAGCUCGGACGGCGUGACAAGCGCGCGGGUCGAUGCGUGGCCGAGGGUUGGAACUGGCGGGCGUCCAUUUGGCACUGCGAGGUGGCGCGGUCAGGGAUGCCUGACCUGUGUCAGCGGGCACUGAGCGCCAUGCAUGGGGUAAGCCCACGGAGCGCAGCGCUCGAGACCACGGUUUGGCUCUCAGACCUGCAAUCCGACAAGGGCGAUGCCAUCGCGGCGGCCAGUGCGGCUUCGCCCCUGCGCGCGUCGCGCAUCGAGGCCGUCGCCCGCUUGAUUGACCCCGUCAGCGGACCAGUGCCGCACUUCUUGGACAAGUUCUCAAAGACGCUCGGUGAGAACAAAGCCCUCGGAGAAGAGCUCAUCGCAUCGAUUGCAACCGCGGAACUCAACAACUAUGACAACGCACCGUUCUUCCGCGCUGCCCUCGCGGCCACUAACCUUGCGCCGGAGAAGGUGGCAGGCGUGGCGGGGCUGAUCUAUGGGGCCGACGUGGAACAGCCGAAGAGCAAGGCUGAAACCACCCAGCUGAACAGCGCCUUCACGGCGCGGGCCGCGCCCUUCAAUGUCGAACGGCUGCAGCGCUCGCCAGACAAGAAGGGGGGCUCGAAAGCAUGGGCUGCCGGCGAUGCGGUCGCGGACCUGCAGGGCCUCGGUCAGGUCAACGAGCCGCCCGAGAGGGUCGGGGCUGAAACGUCCGAGAAGGAGAGGACCGGCCGCGCGACGUUCGACGAGAUGCGCCGCGCUCCCACGCGCGCCCUGGAGGGCCGAGCGGAGACCGAGAUCGGUUCUCAAGUGGGGAAGAAAAACACUGUGGAGGGCCAGUUGUUCGAGGUAACGGCCGUCGACGACGAUGGCGCUGUCUCGACGUCCGAAGUCAGAACGUUCAAUGCCGAUGAGUGCCCCCAGGUCAGCGUCGACUACAAAGCCCUGAUCAGCGACUGGGAGGUCAUCGAGGAGCAGGUGUCCGAAAAGUGCGCGGCGCAGGACUGCGCAAUGUCCGCGUUGGCACAGGAUCGGCUGCGGCGCAUGAUAUCCAGAUCCAACUGCGAAGAGCAAGUUGGUCUGAUAAAGUCUGGCAGUCUCUGCGAGGGCCCACCCUUAUUCUACAUGGAGAACCCUUGCGGCCCGGCCACUCCAGCAGCAGUUGGCAAGAACGUCCUCAAGUUCGCCCCGACAGUGCCACUGCAGAACAUCACCUGUUGCAAGGAGAAGGGUGGCUUGGAAGGCAAUCUGGAAGCGGGGGGCAAGGGGGGUGGCUUCUUCGCGCCGCGCUGGUGGGUGGGGCCUGCGGCUGCCGAGGAGAAGGCGAACGUGAAGUUCGCGAAGGUCGUCGGCGCCGACGGCGCGAGCUCCCCCGCGCUGCAGGACUUCGCGCCGCUGAAAGUGCACGAGAGGCUGUAUUUCUACAAGCCCAAGGAUGCGAGGCAGGCCUUGCAGAACGCGACGGCGAUUGGCGCGGGCGGCGACAGCGGCCGGAAGGGCGGCGCGGCUGGCCAGGGCAAGGACAAGCCGAAGAAGGACAGGGGCGGCAAGGGCAGCGCCAGCUCGGGCGGUGGGAAGCCCAGCGAGAGGGUGCGCAAGGCUUGA